UACUCUCACUGCGUCGUCCCAUCACUCUCAGAUUUGAUGAUUUGGGGUUCUGUUCUUGAUAGGAAUUAUAGUGUUCUUUUAAUCAAUUUAUUUUCUUGUCUUUUCAGUUCAUUAAUUCCUUGAUAUUUAUUCUAAUGCAAGAUUAAAUGUCCGGAUGAGUUACUUUAUUGAUAGUGGAGGUGACCACGAAGAAAACAGUGGAUAUGAGGACGAAAAUAUUGGGUAUGACGACAGUGAAACACAAGAUAUCGGCGGUAUGUUUCAACAGUAAGUAAUGUCUCCCAGUAAUGAUAAUGGUUUAUCAGAGAGCCCUACGAUAACAAAGAGACAAAGAGGUCCAAACCAAAAAAAUUGGGCAUUGGAGGGGCUAGAAAAAUUGUUGUGGAACCGCUUUGGGCUUCCUAAGGGUCCGCGGAAAAAGGUAGCAAGAUUUUCCAGAUAUUUAAGCAUUUUAGCAAAAGAUUGUUCACUAUUUCCAAUUAGCGAACCUGAUUUUCGCAAGUUCAACAAAAGUGACAACUAUGAAAGGGCUUGAAAUCGCGUAAAGGAAACUCUUGACUUGACACACCCACGAGUUGCCUGUUUGGAAAGUAAAAUCAAGGAAAAUGUCAGGAGCAAGUUGAAUGAGCGCUGGAAGCAUUGGAAGUCUGAGUUGAGCAAGAAAUGGUAUAAACCAUUCAAGAAUAGUCCCCUUAGGUUUCGCAAACCUGAUGAUGAUCGUGUUGAUGAGGACCAAUGGAAAGUGUUUGUUGCAAACAAUGACAAGAAGAAGCAUCAGAGGAUGGUGACCAUCAACAAGAGGAACCGGUCUCAAAAGAGAAUGAAUCAGUCAACAGGGACACGAACCUAUGCUAGUUUAGCUCAUGAAUAUGAACUUCUACAUGGUAAAGAGCCAGAUGGAUGGGAAUUGUUUAAAUUAACACACCGAAAGGCAGGAACUCAAGAGCCAAUUGAUGCAGCAAGUGCAAACGCAAUUGCGGAUUUUGAAGAGGCCGAACAAAAGAGGCUAAGCAUGAAUGUUGACAUCACUGCUCCAGAAAUCCGUGAAGAGAUGUAUGCUGAGGUUCUUGGUAAGGAGAAGGGAAACCGAGUAAGGGGUCUUGGAGCUAGGGUUACUUGAGAUGAAGUUCCUGGAAUUCAUGUGGAAGAGCGAGGUGUUUCAAAGGAAGUGCAACUCUUGCGAGAGCGAUUAGAAGCACAAACCAAAGAGGCACAAGAGAGGGAAGCACGUCUGAUGGAUGAAUUACAAAGGAAAAUGACCGAACAAACAAAAAAAAUGGAAGAAAUGUUUGAAGUAAGGUGUGUAGGCAUGGCGGUCCAAAAAAUGGGAGAGAUGUUUAAACAAUGUGAAAUAUCGGUGGAUACACAAGAAGAUAUGGAGCAAACAAUGUCUCAAUUUGCUCAGAACAUUUCUCAAAGGCCGUCAAAUGUGAUUUUUUCCCCAAAUGAUGAUGUUUACCACCCCACAUUGCCAUUUCAAUGUUCUGAUAUGCAGACGGAUUGAAGACAUUGCUUGAAGAUGGUGGUCGCUCGUUCAACUCUAUCGAAAUUAGUUUGAUAUUACAAUAAAGAUUUUUGUAUUAGUAUU